AUGCCUGCAUCAGUGAAUUACCGGGUCAUUGAGCCCCAUCCUUCCGUCUCACGCCCAGCUCUCCAUACAGCUCGCGGCGGCGCUGGCAACAUCAUCAGCCUGAAGAACACCACGACCACUCCUUCACAGACGGCCACCGGUCCAGCUUCCUUAACACGUCUGGACUCUCACGUCCCCGCGGUCUACAAGUCCGGCCGUGGCGGCGCAGGAAACGUCCACAGCAGCAGUGAACGCGCAAUCUUCAGCUUCGAUGAAGAACUCGAACGGGACCUCCGUCGCGCCGCUCCAGUGUACCACGUCGGCCGUGGUGGUGCCGGAAACAUGGUCUACAGCGACAACGGGAGUACCCUGAGCCGCAAGUUCUCCAUCAGCAGCAAUGCCACGUCAAGUAGCACGGGCUCGACCAGCUCCACUCGGGAAAAGGCCCUGCGCGGCUUAGAGAAGGGCUGGGGCAAGUUGAGAGGAAUGGCAUAG